AUGUUAUUGUCUUCCUCAAUGGAAGGCGUGUUGACGGAAUUGAGGAGAUCCUCGAAUGUUGGUAGGGCACUGCUUCCCCCUCCUGAGGCGCCGGACGGUUUGCCAGAAUCUCUUCGAGGCCGACCGAUAGUCCUUCUCCAUGGCCUCGCCGAACUCCUCCCAGACCCGAGUUUUUGCCUCCACAACCACCCGGGCUGCCGUCCGCUUGGCCCACCGGUACCUCUCAGCUGCUUCUGGAGUCCCACGAACCAACCAGGCUCGAUAGGACUCCUUCUUCAGCCUGACGGCAUCCCUUACUUCCGAUGUCCACCACCGGGUUCGGGGAUUGCCGCCACGAGAGGCACCAGAGACCCUACAGCCACAGCUCCGAACAGCCGCGUUAACAAUGGAGGCGGAGAACAUAGUCCACUCGGACUCAAUGUCUCCAUCCUCCCUCGGAAUCUGGUUAAAGCUCUGCCGGAGAUGAGAGUUGAAGACCUCUCUGACAGGGGGCUCUGCCAAGCUUUCCCAACAGACCCUCACAGUACGUUUGGGCCUGCCGAGUCUGUCCAGCUUCCUCCCCCGCCAACGGAUCCAACUCACCACCAGGUGGUGAUCAGUUGACAGCUCCGCCCCUCUCUUCACCCGAGUGUCCAAGACAUACGGCCGGAGGUCAGACGAAACAACCACAAAGUCGA